UCGAAAGGCUCUGGUAAAAAUGGAACCUAAAGUGUAGAAAGUUGAUCGCAGCUAUAAUAGCGCCAAUGGACAUGCACCGCUCAAUAAGAAAGAGUGAAUCUGGCAUCAGUCCCGACAUUCCAGGCCAACCUUAUUGCGUGUCGGUGUUAAAAGAGGGCUACUGCACAGUUCAACCCGAUGGCUCCUUCAAAGCGGACGGUACUAUUUCUUUAAUUACUGGACCAAACACUGUUCUGGUCGAUACGGGGGGUCCGUGGGACCGGGACUUUCUCGUCGCAAGACUAAAGGAGAAGGGUCUGACGCCAGACAGUGUGGCUCUAGUAGUAGGAACACACGGUCACUCUGACCACGUGGGAAACUUGGGGUUGUUUCCAGACGCCAAAAUAAUCGUGGGAUGUGACAUAAGUGUGGGAGAUCGAUACCUGCCAAAUCAACUGGCUGAAGGACAGCCAUAUCCUAUUGAUGAUUUUGUAUCCAUCAUCCCCACUCCUGGUCACACCGGAAGAGAUGUCAGUGUCUUGGUAAAGGGAACCUCAGAGGGCACAGUCCUUGUUGCUGGGGAUUUGUUUGAGCGUUGUCAUGAUGAAGACUCCUGGAAGGAGCUGAGUGAGAACCCUCAGAUACAAGAGACCAACCGACAGAUGGCGUUACAGACUGCUGAUGUCAUCAUUCCUGGACACGGGCCAUUGUUUAGGGUGCACAGACAAUAAUAGCAUUGAUGUAAUUCUGAAGCUGAGUUCAGUCAGUGUUCGAAUAAGGCACUUAUGAAACCUUGACCUGGAAAAACAGGUCAAAACAUAACUACUUUGAGUCUGUGACGCAAUGAUGUUCUAAUAAUAUGGCACCUUGGUCUGCCUGUUUGCCCAUGCCGUUCAGUUCAAUGCACUUCAAAUUAGGCUACUGACAGUUCCUUUUUUGUUGGAAAAAUUGUCUAUUUGAGAUGUGCUUAACUGAUUAAUUACUUCAGUAACAUUAUAUAUUACAAUAAAACAGAACCAGGUUGCUCUAAUCUGGGUAUGAAAUGGAUUCAUUUAUUUCAAAAUAUUUUUAUGUGUGUCAUGUAAAUCAUUUAAACGUGUAAGAAUAUAUCAGUGCUGUUGUUAAAAAUAAGAAAGGCGACUGUUUUGAUUUUGAACUCUUCUGUAGUUAUGACAGCUGUGCAGCGGUAAUAGGCCACAAUUAAAUACAGUUAUCGAAAUACUAUUUUAUUGCAUUGUCAAUGUGUGCUACCUGUAUUAAAUAUAAAAGAGUUUGCCGUGUUUGUGUGAGUUUCCUCUGGGUUCUCCCACAAGUCCAAAAACAUGCAGGUUAUGUGAAUUGGAGUCUCUAAAUUGCCCCAUUAGGUGUGAUUGAGAGUCCCCCAGCCACUGGGGGUUGUGUCAGGAAGGGCCUCUGGCUUAAAACCUGUGCCAAGUCAAAUAUGCAGAUCUCAGAUGGUCCGCUGUGGCGACCCCUAAUGGGAGCAGCCGAAAGAAGA